AUUGGGCCCCCGGGCAAUAGGGGAUCAUGGGGCCCCUGUGUCCUUCCGGCACACCCAAAAAAACCUAUAAAAAGGUACCGGGGCAUUUCAUGGGGCCCCCUACUGACCCUGGGCCCUCGGGCAGUGCUCGAGUGCUCGAAUGGUCAGUCCACCCCUGGUAGUGAGGGAAUCUUCUUAUAGAUACACUCAUUCCAGUGACAACUGUCAAAUGUGGCAUUCCCCACUCUUUCUAGACAUUUUCUCGCAUUUUUUGCUGUUCCUCUGGGACAAAAAGCUAGGGGAAAGCUUCCUAAUAGGAAUACAACUGUAAUGUACUGUAUAUCUGACCCUUCCU